AUGGUGCCUCUUUGGGUGGAGGAAGGUGCGGACGAGGGUGACGAGGGCGGGCGGUCGCGGCGAACGCCCGCCGAGCACACGGCGCGGUGGCACGCGCGGCACCUGGAGCGUGUGGGCCACCUGGACCGGCGGCGAGGCGGCGUCGUAGGCCGCUGGGUGCGCGCCGCCGCCGCCGGCCCCGGUCGGCCCAUUGUCCGCCUCAAGCCUUGCCUCUCGGUCUGCCAGCUCGUCGAGCAACACUGCCCCUACUUCCUGCCGGCCGACCGCGCUCCCGCAUACCCUACUCAGUACGCCGGCGAGCCCACCUUCCUAUGCCUUGACCCUCGCAUACCAGAGACUGGUGCACAGGCGAACAAGUCCAACUAUGGAGCCGACGAGUGCUGCUACUGGUACUGCGAGGGCCGGCUGUGCUACCGGUGCGAGGCGCGGCUGAGCGAGGCGCCGCGGCCCGAGGCGGAGCGGUGCGCGCCCGUGGAGGACCGCAACGCCACGUGCUCCGUGCCGUACCCGGCGCCCGCCGCCGCUUCCGCACCGCCUCGACCCGCCCUCCUCCUCACCUCCCUCAUCGUCACUAUCGCCACCCUGAUUCGGACUCACUGGACACCACCUUUACCUCUAGUGAAUGUGCGCGAUACGAGGUUA